AUGACAGGCAUGGCAGGUUUCAUUGUUUAUGAUGCAGUCACAGGGACUUCAGGGACACUCUGUAAAGUUGGUUUAUCUCCGAAGGUGGAUUAUUUGGCUGAGCUCUCAAAGAAACCGACGAUUGAAAUUAAGACCUAUUGUGAUUCUCAGGAAGGUUUUGAAUUGGCCCAGUCGAUCCUAAGUAGCAACAUCCCUCCUACCACUGAAGCGGAUCUCGCCACUGCAUAUAUUGCCAAGGUGAUUGGAACCAUUUCGGGUAUUCUUGACGUUAUUUUGAUGAACUUGAGAACUUGUACAGUGGUCCGUAACAAUUUUAGCCAUUUGCUGAAACGACUUCCAUUUAUGAGUGUAAAACUCGC